AGCAGCUGCUCCUCCGCGCCUGCAGGUGGCAGUAGGCACCUGUGCUCGAAGCGCGCACUCUGCCUGCAUGUCAAGCCUGCAGCGCCCCAUGGCGGCCUCGGCCCCGGCCCCGGCGGCGCCGCUGACCGCAGAGCAAGCCAAAGUGGUGCUGGCCGAGGUGCUCAAGGCGUUCGGCGCCCCAGAGAACGCGCAGCGCCUGGAUGAGGCGCGGGACAACGCCUGCAACGACAUGGGCAAGAUGCUGCAGUUCCUGCUGCCCGUGGCCACGCAGAUCCAGCAGGACGUCAUCAAAGCCUACGGCUUCAGCAGCGACGGGGAAGGGGUCCUGAAGUUUGCCCGACUGAUAAAAUCCUAUGAAUCCCAGGACCCAGAGAUCGCCAGCAUGUCUGGGAAGCUGAAAGCCAUGUUCCUGCCACCCAUGACGCUGCCCCCACAUGGGUCGGGGACAGGCGGGGUGGCAGCCUCAUGAAUCUGGGACCCUGUCCAGCUCCAGCUGAGCACGAGUGUGAGGGUGCUGGCUCCCAGUAUCCAGGUCCACCAUGUCCAGCUGCAGGUGGGGCCCAAGAAGCCCCUGGUGCCCCAGAAGCUCAGAAGCUUCUUUGUGUCUGUGGCAGUGUUUUAUGUGCCUGCAUGAGACAGAGAGUGCUGCUUCUGCUUGUGAAUAAAAGUUGUUUUAAGAAUGGUC